UUUGCGGCUGUCCGCGCCUCCCCGCCUUCUCGCGGCUGCCUGGCCGAAACCAAACCGAGGGUUGGGGUGGCGAGGACAGGGUGCGUGGCAGGCUUGUGCAAGUCGGGCUCGGACCUGCGCUGCCUCAGGAUGUAAAGUGUAACAAGGGGGUCGGGAUGGGCAGCGUGGGCCUGUGAGGCCUGUGGGCCCGCGUCCCCCAGCUCCCCCCGCAGCCGGCUCCCCAGUGGUCCGCUCCUGUUGCCGGGUGCGGAUUCGGGUUCCGGACCGAAGGCUGUGUGUUCUCCGCCGUUUAUUGUGGCCCCGAAGGGCCGGGGUUACUGCGGCGACCACGAGAGCAGCUUUGGUGCUAUGGAGGAGCCCGGGGCUACCCCUCAACCGUAUUUGGGGCUGAUCCUGGAGAAGCUACGCAGGGUUGUGGCAGCAUUGCCUGAAGGUAUGAGACCAGAUUCUUAUGGUUUUCCAUGGGAAUUGGUGAUAUGUGCAGCUGUUGUUGGAUUUUUUGCUGUUCUCUUUUUUUUGUGGAGAAGUUUUAGAUCGGUUAGGAGUCGGCUUUAUGUGGGAAGAGAGAAAAAGCUUGCUGUAAUGCUUUCUGGACUAAUUGAAGAAAAAUGUAAACUACUUGAAAAAUUUAGCCUUGUUCAAAAAGAGUAUGAAGGCUAUGAAGUAGAGUCAUCUUUAAAGGAUGCCAGUUUUGAGAAGGAGGCAACAGAAGCACAAAGUUUGGAGUUUGUUGAAGGAUCACAAAUAUCAGAGGCAGCCUGUGAAAAGCUGAACAGGUCCAAGUCUGAACUUGAGGAUGAAAUACUCUGUCUAGAAAAAGAAUUAAAAGAAGAGAAAUCUAAACAUUCUGAACAAGAUGAAUUGAUGGCGGAUAUUUCUAAAAGGAUACAGUCUCUAGAAGAUGAGUCAAAAUCCCUCAAAUCACAAGUAGCUGAAGCCAAAAUGACCUUCAGGGUAUUUCAAAUGAAUGAAGAACGACUGAAGAUAGCAAUAAAAGAUGCUUUGAGUGAAAAUUCUCAACUGCAGGAAAGUGAGAAACAGCUUUUGCAAGAAGCUGAAGUAUGGAAAGAACAAGUGAGUGAACUUAGUAAACAGAAAAUAACAUUUGAAGACUCCAAAGUACACGCAGAACAGGUUCUAAAUGAUAAAGAAAAUCACAUUAAGACUCUGACUGAACGCUUGCUAAAGAUGAAAGAUUGGGCUACUGUGCUUGGAGAAGACAUAACGGAUGAUGAUAACUUGGAAUUAGAAAUGAACAGUGAAUCAGAAAAUGGUGCUUACUUAGAUAAUCCUCCAAAAGGAGCUUUGAAGAAACUGAUUCAUGCUGCUAAGUUAAAUGCUUCUUUAAAAACCUUAGAAGGAGAAAGAAACCAAAUUUAUAUUCAGUUAUCUGAAGUUGAUAAAACAAAGGAAGAGCUUACAGAGCAUAUUAAAAGUCUUCAAACUGAACAAGCAUCUUUGCAGUCAGAAAACACACAUUUUGAAAAUGAGAAUCAGAAGCUUCAACAGAAACUAAAAGUAAUGACUGAAUUAUAUCAAGAAAAUGAAAUGAAACUCCACAGGAAAUUAACAGUAGAGGAAAAUUACCGGUUAGAGAAAGAAGAGAAACUUUCUAAAGUAGACGAAAAGAUCAGCCAUGCUACUGAAGAGCUGGAGACCUAUAGAAAGCGAGCCAAAGAUCUUGAAGAAGAAUUGGAGAGAACUAUUCAUUCUUAUCAAGGGCAGAUUAUUUCCCAUGAGAAAAAAGCACAUGAUAAUUGGUUGGCAGCUCGGAAUGCUGAAAGAAACCUCAAUGAUUUAAGGAAAGAAAAUGCUCACAACAGACAAAAAUUAACUGAAACAGAGUUUAAAUUUGAACUUUUAGAAAAAGAUCCUUAUGCACUUGAUGUUCCAAAUACAGCAUUUGGCAGAGAGCAUUCCCCAUAUGGUCCCUCACCAUUGGGUCGGCCUUCAUCUGAAACGAGAGCUUUUCUCUCUCCUCCAACUUUGUUGGAGGGUCCACUCAGACUCUCACCUUUGCUUCCAGGGGGAGGAGGAAGAGGCUCAAGAGGCCCAGGGAAUCCUCUGGACCAUCAGAUUACCAAUGAAAGAGGAGAAUCAAGCUGUGAUAGGCUAACCGAUCCUCAUAGGGCUCCCUCUGACACUGGGUCUCUGUCACCUCCAUGGGAACAGGACCGUAGGAUGAUGUUUCCUCCACCAGGACAAUCAUAUCCUGAUUCAGCCCUUCCUCCACAAAGGCAAGACAGAUUUUGUUCUAAUUCUGGUAGACUGUCUGGACCAGCAGAACUCAGAAGUUUUAAUAUGCCUUCUUUGGAUAAAAUGGAUGGGUCAAUGCCUUCAGAAAUGGAAUCCAGUAGAAAUGAUACCAAAGAUGAUCUUGGUAAUUUAAAUGUGCCUGAUUCAUCUCUCCCCGCUGAAAAUGAAGCAACUGGCCCUGGCUUUGUUCCUCCACCUCUUGCUCCAAUCAGAGGUCCAUUGUUUCCAGUGGAUACAAGGGGCCCAUUCUUGAGAAGAGGACCUCCUUUCCCUGCACCUCCUCCAGGAGCCAUGUUUGGAACUUCUCGAGAUUAUUUUCCACCAAGGGAUUUCCCAGGUCCACCACAUGCUCCAUUUGCAAUGAGAAAUGUCUAUCCACCGAGGGGUUUUCCUCCUUACCUUCCCCCAAGACCUGGAUUUUUUCCCCCACCCCCACAUUCUGAAGGUAAUGAGUUCCCUUCAGGGUUGAGUUCGCCUUCAAAUGAGCCUGCUACUGAACAUCCAGAAACACAGCAAGAAACCUGACAACACGUUUGCCCUCUUCAAAAGUAAUUUUGACUGAUCUCAUUUUCAGUUUAAGUAACUGCUGUUACUUAAGUGAUUAUACUUUUGCUCAAAUUGAAGCUUAAUGGAAUUACAGUUCUCAGGAUAGUAUUUUGUAAAUGAGGAUAAUUUAAAUAUGAAUCUUAGGAGUAAUUUAUUUUCAUUUUAUUUUAUUCUAGAUAGUAUAACUUUUAAUUUGAUUAAUCCACUAUUAUAUAAACAAUGGUGGGAGUUUUAUAUAUGUAAUCUUGCAGGUGGGGAGGCUUUAAAUUGUCUUUAUGCCGAGAACUGUAUUUACUGUGGUUGUAGACAAAUGUGAAAGUAACUUUAUGCUUAAAUAAAUUUUAGUUGAUUUAAAGAUUUGUUUGGCAUUGAUAAUAAUAAAAUCAGCUAGUUUUUCUA